CAGCAACUUGAGCAGCAACUUCCAUUUGACGAGUGCAGAAUCCUCCAAGCGUGCGCCAGCUUGCACAUCCCACCUGCGUGCAGAUCGUUCCGAAUUGAGCUGCGAGUUGCAACCCGCAAAGCGUGCACCAUUCUAUGGUCCAGAGGGCGUGGCUCUGAAUUGGUUCGUGCUUACCCUCGCUUAUAGUAAUGUGUCCAUUGCGUUGCUCAUGGCUGCUAGUCGCGGCGAGCAGCCCUCGGCGCUGUUGAGGGCGCUGCUCGAGUUUUUCCAGCUCCUCGUAGAGGGCUUGACCGUCAAGGACGCGGAGGCAGUAGUGCGUACUGUUUGGAAGAGUUAUUGGGAAUGUUUCUUGGAGGAUCUGCAGGCACCGAAGAGAUUAUCCAAUAAUGACUUCUCGGGCCUCGUCGACAUCGCCAGCGUCGCAGUUCUGGACUCACUACGAGCUGCCCGCGGCGUGACGAAGCGGGCCUGGGGCUGCAAGUCUUGCGUGGACCAGCGGGCCAUGGACGAGGAGCGCGCCCGACAGCGCACACUGCUGGAGGGGCGGAAGCGCGAGGCCGUGGGGGUGGCGCGCGAGAGGCGCCGCCGCGCUGUGGUUAGCGGGCGGGCCACGGGCCACAUCGGGGCUCCCAGGUCGCUCAGGGCAAGCCACGGGCCACAGCGGGCGGUUGAUCUUCCAGUGGCGCAGGGCAUUUGCGGCGCAGCCGGCAGUGCCGCUGCAGCUUCGCUCACGAGGAAGGCACAUCAGCAGGAGGAGGGGGAGGAUAGCAACAUCGAGUCUAGUUCACUACGCUUACUAGAGGUUCC